UAACUGACGACAUCUGCCCAAACCGUUGCGUGCACAACAGCAGCUCUUCUUAAACCCCCAUUUUUUAAACCCAACAGCCAAGUACCCCUUUGGUCGUUUUCGUUUUGAAAGACGGCACUCUUACACCCUUUUUCUUCUUCUCUUUUUUUUUUUUUUUUUUGGCUGCGCAUCGAAACCGAUCCCAACUCGCAACGACCAAGUCCCCGCUUGCUGUGUGUUGCUCCGACAAACAACCAAAACCGUUCGUUCCGACUCGUGUGCGGCCCGACGAUAAAACCCACGUAAAUUACCCCAACGACCCGGUCCGUAAGGCUGGUGCAGCGAUAGCACCUAGUACAAUAACCCACGGCAUCCGUAAAGCCGGAGGCGAGCACGACGAAAACCGUUAUUCGAAACAGCGAACAGAUAACCUGCCAAGAUGAGUAGUCCACGGAGGAGGAUCGAGACGGAUGUAAGUGCAGAUGUGAGAAGAUGUCCCGAAGAAGCCCUCAUAGCCUCGUAGCUAACAGGUUGAAAGGAUGAUGAGUGACUAUGAGGUCACCCUCGUCAACGACAACAUGUAAGCGUGGCACAUAACUAUUCCCAUCCGAUCACGAUGCAACGCUCCCGCGAGAGCGCACUUUCGCAACCACUUAUGAGUUCUAGACGAGACGGACGACGAGACUAAACAGUGUGGCUAUGAUAGGCAAGAGUUUUACGUUGUGUUCAAGGGUCCUGAAGAGACACCCUUUGAAGGCGGAACCUGGAAAGUUCACGUGGAGCUGCCAGAUCAGUACCCAUACAAGUCACCCAGCAUCGGAUUCGUGAACCGCAUAUUCCACCCAAACAUCGACGAGUUGUCGGGAUCUGUAUGUCUGGAUGUGAUAAAUCAAACAUGGUCGCCCAUGUUCGACAUGAUCAACAUCUUUGAGGUGUUUCUGCCACAGCUGCUCCGGUAUCCGAACCCGACCGAUCCGCUGAACGGUGAAGCGGCUGCACUGAUGCUUAGGGAACCCAAGUCGUACGAAUCCAAGGUUAAAGAGUACGUCCAAAGAUAUGCAAGCAAGGAGGCUGCGGCCGAUGCAGGAAAUGAGAGCGAGGAUGACAGCGACAUGUCGUCCGUGGCCAGCUUUGGUGACGAAGAUGAGGAGCCCGCCGGAACUAUGGACGACGUGUAGGGGUCCAACACUUCGUAGAUGUUGGCCUCAUCAAGCCUGAGGGUCAAAAUGAUAUCGAGUGUUACGUCACAGUCACUAUCGUGGUCUCUGUUGUCGAAGUUUCCGCACCCCGAGGACAGGUAUCUGGAAGGCUUCUUGGCCAGGCCGUCUGCCAGACCGUCAACGGAACCUUCAUCAUGAACCGGUCGUUCUGAACCUGCAACGGCAGGACGGAGAAAUUUGUGCAGACACUUGUUUGCCGGACUCGCCCUGAAGCAGGAGCAAUAACGACAGCGGUGAAAGCUCUUCGUUGCCAGGGGUCCUACGCGACGUUCGGCCUUGUCCUCGACAUGUGGGUAUUGGUCAUCACUGGGAUACACGCUUUCUUUUCGCGUUUUAUUGAUCUUCGCCACUCAAUCGAUCACACAGUCCAGGAGUUUAUGGGGCAUCAGGAACGGAUUAUGCUGGUUUUUCUUUCAUGACAUGCUGAAUUUGGCUGUCGACUUUGCUUUGAAAUCACGGGUUUAUUUUGCCGGUUCUCUUUUUUUUGUUUUUCUGCUUCGUUUUUGUCUACUUUUGGUACAGGCGUUCAUGAUACUCUCGUCUAUGUAGGUAAUUCCAGGACGCAAGUUGGCAGCUGCGGUGAGUAGCAAACUGCUUGACAGGAUGUGGGAGAAGUGUAAGCAAUGAAUAAACAGUUGUCAGGAUAUUAGUCUUGACAUGAAGAAAAACACAAUUGGAACUGCCUUACUUCGGCCGACUGAGAGGAUUUAGACUAGUAUAGACUAAAUCUAGUUUAGGUCAGCUACCUAGCCGUAAGGUAAAGACCUCUUUUUCAACGUGGGUUUUUCCACGUCGUUUUAGGGCUUGUGAUUUUU